GUUGGAAAAACCAUUAAAAUUUAUUAUUUAUGUCAUGACAAGAUUUCUAAUCACCGUGAUAUCCUUGGGCUCGUUAAUAUACCACAACUUGUACAUAAAUAUUAAAAUACUUUCAACGUCUUGACAUUUCCUUGGCAGACGACUAUUUUAAAAGUCACGUGGAAGACGUCGUUGGACCAUGGUGUUUACACUUGCGUGAUUACGCGUGUCACUCUCAACAACUAUUGGUUCACGGCUUGGUGUUCAACCACUUGUCACUCGAACAGAGUAAACACUUUCUACUACGAUAUCAUUAGUAUAGUACGGAUUAAAAAAUGUAGGACUAUGUAAAACAUUACUAGAAGUGAUGAUGGCCUACAUGGCUAUCUACUGGACAUUUAUUUUUCUGUAUCUUAUUAUAUUUAUAGUUGAAGCUCAGAAUAUAUGCUACAAAUGUGAUUGUACUAUCAGCGAGGAGUAUUCAGAUGUCCGAGCAGUGCGCAAAGUACAGCCAGUGUGUAAUGAAGGUAGCUUCAAAUGGUAUAAUGUAUACGGCGGCGCCCUCAGAAUUAACUUUAAACCAAUAUUCCGUGGUGAAUUUAGACUGUGCUUCGUGUUACAUGCAGAAAAUGCAAGAGUUCAGAUUUCACAAGAACUUCCAAAUGAAUCUACAUACAGUGUGAACUAUAAACGACCUGCUGGCUUAAAAAAACUUGUAGCAGCAGACGGUAGGACUAACGAGACAUGUAUAACGUCGUCUGGUGAUCACAUACAUUUGUUUCUAGAACCAGAAAGAACUGUAGAAUCUACUGGCUUUAGUUUUGUUGACAUGAAAUUUAUAAUGGAAAAAAAUAACGAAGAACUUGUGUACAACACAAAAGAAGAAUGUAGACCAUGUACAGACAUAGAGCUUAUAAAAGCAUACUGUUCCCACUCAGAUGUCGUGAUUGUAGGGUCAAUGGAUGACGUUAAACAUAUACAGGACCAAACUGAUAUUAACAUUAAGAUAUCAAAAGUGAUCAGAAACAGGGAACUUUUAAUAGAGGGACCAAAGAAAAGAAAUGGACCUUAUAUAACAGAAACAAUGACAAGACAUAGACAGUGUGGUGUCGAACAUGGACCAGGAUUAUUUUUAUUUACUGGAAAAUGGCGAUUAGGGCAGCUCAAAAUGACAUGUUCUCCAUACUACAAUGACUGGAGCUUAGUAUCAAAACGAGCAGUAUUAGAAGGCUCAAUGGAUUGUCCUGUUGUCAGCUAGUAAUUAUUGAAGUCGACUUUUUGAACAGAACUGUGAUAUUGUUAAACGUGCAAUGAAUUUGUAAAUAUGCUUCAAGUUGUUAUUUUAUUUCAAAGUUUAUUGUAUUACAGUAAGAUCUCAGUUAUCAUGUUUCACAUUGACACUGUAUAUAUUUCAUUUCUACACGUUUUGAUAAAUUUAUUGUCCACAUUUUGUUGGGUGGGGACAAUGAAAUAUCAGAUAACAGGGUGUACUGAUUAUAACUUAAAUUUUAGUACCUGUUAACUUCAUCACAUACCUACUGAAAUAUGUUUUAUGAUACACGGGCACCUGUCAUCCUAUACUUUAGGUAAACAUAAAUUUGCAGUAAAACAUACCAAUGCAUUCAUCAUGUAGAUAACCCGCACCGUUGCUUAUAGGGACAAGUUGCAUUGACCAUGAAGUUUCAUAUGACCCAUUAGAGGGAGAGUGAUUUUUUUCUUUCACCUGUAUAUCGUAUUUACAGAAAAUAAGCAAGAAUGUGAACAUUAUGAAUGAGUUCACCCAUAUGUAUCAUUUGAACAUGCACUUAUGUAAAUGCACAUUCACUUUCAUUACCGAACAUUACAAUUUCAGCAUACACAUGUAAAUAGCUGUAAGCAAUGUGUUAAAAAGUAUAAAACUUUUGGUGCAUUUGAGUAAGUUAAAAUAAUCACUUAAAACUUUUGUAAUAACAUGUAUGCCAUUAAUAGAGUAAACCAUAGAUUGACAGACAUUACAAUGUCCAAAAAGUUACAAAAUAAAAAAAAUAAAAAAAUAAACUUUACCCAAAAGUCUGAUGAUUUAAACAAUUA